AAUAUACAGUGCGAUCACAGAUAGCCGAAAGCAGAGAGUGACAGAGAGACGAGCAGAAGAAGAAUGGGAAGGAAGAAGGGGUACGAGGAAUUCGAUGAAUCGCCGCCGGAUGACUUUGAUCCGGCGAAUCCGUACAAGGACCCGGUGGCCAUGCUGGAGAUGAGAGAACACCUUGUGAGGGAGAAGUGGAUCGACAUUGAGAAGGCCAAGAUUCUCAGAGAGAAGCUCCGAUGGUGUUACCGCAUUGAAGGUGUCAAUCACCUGCAAAAGUGUCGCCACCUCGUCAACCAAUACCUCGAAGCUACUCGUGGUAUCGGCUGGGGCAAGGAUGGCCGUCACCCCUCUCUUCACGGUCCAAAGGUUGAGCCAGCUGAAUCUGAAUAACUAUUGUGGGUAAAUGAAAGUGAGUUUGAUGACCCAACUGAUCACAUUUGCUUAAAUUGGAUACCAGGUGGAGGAGGAGUGCCAAAGUCCCAAAAAAGUUUACUUUUCUUUUCCCUUAGACUUGUGGUAAAUCACAGCUUUGUUUGAACCACACCUUUGGUUCUCUUUGGCUGGACUGUUAUUAUUAUUAUUGUUGUUGUUGUUGUUGUUGUUUGGUAGCAUCCAAAUGUGAAAAAGUGUGGACAGGCUUGGAGAAGAAUCAAGUUCAUGAGGUUAUGAAAUAAGUUUCUUUCGGCCGCUGCAUUUCAGUGUGCUUCAUCAAUAACAAUAGACUGUAAUCUAGAUGCA